UAUUCUUACAGUCAUACCAGGAACAUACUGUACACUGUACAUUCAUUCAAGGCGUUUACUGUACACUGUACAGAUAAUGCUGUACAGUUUAAGCUGUACAAUGAAGACAUAUUAGAGCUGGCAUACAGUGAAUUAAAACAAUUCUUAAAUGUGAAUUUUUAAAAAGUGAAGGAAUGAAAAAUAUUUUAACAUAUUUUCACAGGUUAAAAAAAAUAAUUCAGUGAAUUUGACAUUUUCCUUGCGAACCUAAAACUGAUUGUUUAAAGGUUUAUAAACAUUGAAACCAAAUAACCUAAAACUAAUAAUUCUAAAACUUAAAACACAGAACCUUAAAACCCAGAUUCCAUAAUUUGAAACCCAGAAUCUAAACUUGCAAACGUAUACCAAGAAUCUGAAACCCAGAACCUGAAACUCAGAAUUUGAAACCCAGAAUCUUUAUCAUGGGAGCAAGCUAAUGGACUUAAUUUAGGUUUGAGCGAUGAUGAGUCCAGUGCAACAAUUUGUAGGAGGAACUCCAGGUUUUCCGUUCAUAAACACAUAUCAUGAACAGUAUAUGCACCCAGGCCUGUUCCGAUGCAACAAUAACCCUGGAGGAGGAGGAGGAGGGCCUAGUUUUAGUCCUAACAGUGACUCCAGUAGUAGUUCAGACCAUAGCUUAGGGGGGUACACGGCAUACUCAUAUUCAAACCAAGAUUUAAGGGUAUCCAACCUGAAUAUGGAUAUAUCCAGCUCUAGCAUGGAUUCAAGGAUGUCCAACCCCCAUCUGGAUGCGAGGAUAUCCAACCUGCACCUGGAGACGAGGAUAUCCAACCUGGAUACAAGAUUAAACCCUGCCCCGGAGAAUACAAGAUUCAACCAGUAUGGCUUGACAAGAAUGAGAUCUCAAAACCUACCAGCAGGAGCACAUCGAGGGGUAGGAGGCGAAGGAGUCUGUAAUCGCGCGUGGCAACAACAUCAAAUUUUAAAUAUUCAGGAAAACUACCCAAAUAAGGGAUUGAUGGAUCUAUCACACGAAGAACUGAGGAGCCCAGGCGAUGAUUUCUGUGACCUAGAAGAGAGAAUGUUGCUCCAACAGCUCGAGAUGACCCAUGAACAGCUGAUUACCAUGCCAGUCAGAGAGCUCAACAAAAUUAUCAAGGCUAAAGGACUGCCUAGAGAACAAGUAACAAAUCUUAAAAGUAAAAGAAGAACAAAGAAGAACCGAGGCUAUGCAGCAAACUGUAGAUUUAAGCGGGAUAAACUUCAGAAAGAACUUGAGGAUGAGCUAAGAACAACAACAACUAAACUGGAACAUGAGCAGAAGGUUGUAGCUGAGCUUGAACGAGAAUGCACAGAAACCAGGAAAUGUCUCACUGCUCUGCAAAGGCUGGUUCAGUAGGGCCUGGCUCAAAAAGUGUGAAAAUCUACGAAACAUGUACAAAACUGAAUUUCAUCGGUGCACUUUGAAUUUAAAAAAAUACCCCACCCCCUCUCUCAGAAGGUUUGCAUUUUCCGCGAAUUAAAACUUAUUAGAAUUGUUCACUCCCCUCCCUUCCUUUUAAAACAAAAUCUCUACUUACGUUAAUUAAUUGGAAACCAAUUCUGAAAAUUAUCAAACAACAUGUAUAAUUAAGUAAACUGUGUAAUAAAAAAAAAUUAAUCAAAAGUAUAGUUUUGUAUUAUUAUCUGAAAACGUGAGUUACCACUUAUAAAGUUACCAAUCUUAUUUUGCAAGCUAUAAGCCUAAUUAGAAAAAUAUGAAUAUUAAUUUUAACCCUAUUUCUGCUGGAAGAGUGAAAUUAUUAAAAUGGUAAUGCAACUUUAUUUUGAUGUUUGUAAAUUUACAAAUUUUGUUGCCGAUUCUAAAAAAAACAACUCCAAAAUAGAUUAAAAAAAUAAAUCACAUUUUUCUGCAAAAAAAGGUUAAAAGUUUUAAACAAAAAAUGUCGACAAUCCGUUGAAAAUACAAAAACUGUAAUAUUGUAACCUUGCGGAUUCUGCUCAACACUUUAAAAAUUUAUUAGUUACCAAAACCAAAAUCAAAUUUUAUAAAACAAAAUUGGCAACAUUUCUAUCAACUCCAGACAUAUUCAAAUGCAAACUAACAGCAAGUUAGAACUUUCUUUUACAAUAUUCAUAAAAUUUUAUCUUUUUUUGACAAUGAUAUUUAAGCCAGAUAUUCAAUCAUUAUUUUGUUUUCAACUCAAUUAAUUAAGCUUUUGUUUUUCACUUUUGCACAAUUGCUUCGUAAACUGGUUUGUAUGUAUGUACAGUACUGCAAUGUGCUGUACUAAGGGAUGGGCAAUGGCCAGAAUUGUUUAAAGAAACUUUUAAUGCUUUUAGACUUUUAAAAGGUUUUAGGACUGUAUGAGAAAGUUCCAACAUUUUA